AUGGGUUCCCAACAGUCCAAGACGGCGGUCGACGCAUCCAACGAAAAGGCCCUCCUCGAGCGCCUCCGCCGGAUCCAGGUCGCCGAUGACAACUUUGUCAACGUCGACGGCUCCUCAUCCUCCUCCUCCGCCACCGGCGCUGACAACGAAAAGAGCGAUGUCAGACUCACCCGCGAGCCCGAGGGCCUCCCCGUCCAGCAAACACAAUCCUGGCAGUCGCGGUUCCUCUCCGACCCCAAGAACAAGCUCGCCCUCACGGCCCUCAGCACCGCCGACCCCCGCGCCGUGCUGGCGUCGACGCCCGCGAGGCUCGCCGACCCGCACGUCUUCAACACGCGCAUCCCCUUCGAGGGCGCGCCCAUGACGAACCAGCGCUCGUCCGGCCGGUGCUGGCUCUUCGCCUCGACCAACGUCUUCCGCGUCGCCCUGAUGCGGCGCCACGGCCUCGCCUCCUUCGAGCUCUCCCAGUCCUACCUCUUCUUCUGGGACAAGCUCGAGAAGAGCAACCACUUCCUCGAGCAGGUCAUCGACACCGCCGGCGAAGACCUCGACGGCCGCCUCGUCCAGCACCUGCUCGGCGACAUCGUCAGCGACGGCGGCCAGUGGGACAUGGUCUACAACCUCGUCCGCAAGUACGGCCUCGUGCCCCAGGCCCUGUACCCGGACUCGUGGAACGCCAUGAACUCGGGCGUGCUCAACUCCAUCCUCAAGACCAAGCUGCGCGAGUACGCCCUCGCCCUCCGCGCCCAAGUACGCUCCGGCUCCGGCUCCGCCCAUGCGCUGUCCUCGGCCAAGGACGCCAUGAUGCGCGAGAUCCUCUCCGUCCUCACCCUCGCCCUCGGCCCGCCGCCCGACCCGCGCGCCGAGUUCACGUGGUCGUACCUCGACAAGGACGGCAAGGCGCGCGAGCUCACGACGACGCCCGCCGCCUUCGCCACCGACAUCUACUCGCCCGAGCUGCGCAUCACCUCGUCCGUCAUCGACUCCAUGGUCUCGCUCGUCCACGACCCGCGCCACGAGCCCCUCACGCUGCUCACCGUCGACCGCCUCGGCAACGUCGUCGGCGGCCGCGGCGUCACCUACGUCAACGUCGACAUGGCCACCCUCAAGGCCGCCUGCGUCGCCAUGAUCAAGGCCGGCCUCCCCGUCUUCUUCGGCUCCGACGUCGGCAAGUUCAGCUCCUCCGCCGCCGGCGUCAUGGACCUCGACCUCAUCGACUACGAGCUCGGCUUCGGCGUCUCGCUGCUCGGCAUGGACAAGGCGAGCCGCCUGCGCACGGGCGAGAGCGCCAUGACCCACGCCAUGGUCCUGACCGCCGUCCACCUCGACGCCGACGGCCGCUCCGUCCGCUGGAGGGUGCAGAACAGCUGGGGCGAGGGCGCCGGCGACAAGGGCUGGUUCGUCAUGACCGACGCCUGGAUGGACGAGUUCGUCUACCAGGCCGUCGUCGACGUGCGCUUCCUGAGCAAGGAGGUCCGCGCCGUCAUCGGCACCGAGCCGACCGUCUUGCCGCUGUGGGACCCCAUGGGCAGUUUGGCCUAG